UGUUAAUCUUCAAGUAUUGCUAGAAAGAGCUGUCAACAAACAAAAGGAAACUGACGUCUAUGCAACCAGAGAAAUGAAAAACAUUCACUCUAAUUUAGCUAAUGUAAGUCGAUUUUUUAAAUAUAAAAAAUCAGGAUAUAAAUAUAAAUAUGCAUCAGGUGGUUUAUGAAACAGGGCAAUUAAGGUGGAGAUUAACCUCGAUUGCUAACUAUCAAAGACAACAACAAGGGAAUGUCAUUGAUGUAGCUGAAAGAAUACGCGAAUAUAGUGAAAUGCUAGAAGAAGCCAUUCAAUCCUUACAGCGAAAGCCACGAAAGUCAAUAACAGCUGAUACCAAGAAAUCAAGCGAAUCAUAUGCAACCACACCUACUAAAAAUAAUAAGCCUAUCAAUACAGUCAAUACCACAACUUCUACUACUACUACUACAACAACAGUAGAAAAAAGAAAGAAAACUUUUGUAGAUAAUAACGAAUUAUAUAAGCACCGAAUCAUUAGAAAAAGAAUAUCUAAUCCAGAAAUGAAUCAAGCAUGGUUACCUCAAAAAGGUUUGAGGAUAUUGCUAAGUGAUUCCUUUUAAUUGUUACACGCAUAUAUUUUGUAAAGUAUUUGUAAAGAAUCAAGUAAAUACGCCCCCUUUUCUCUCCUUUUUCUUUUCUCUCUCUUUUUUAUUUUUCUAUAUAUCUUUACAGCAUGAAGACAAACAAUCAGCUUACAAGUGGUCAAUCACAGCUACUAUUAGGAAUACUUAUUCUAUUAUUUGAUAUAGUCACAACA